AUGCAGAGGCUGAAAGAAGAUCGCCUUGGAUAUAGCGAAAAGGAACUAGAUCCGUUCUUCAUUUGGGAAGAAACCUCAUCAAAGUUGGGGAAUCAUCCCUCCAGAAUUCAUAUCUUGGUUGCUGUCUAUGUAACGAAGACCAAACACGAGGGGAAAACAAAGAAAACACGUGGUACCCAGCAACAGGCAGGAAAGCAAACUCCCGAAGUUCUCAUAUUGGUCGAUCCCCAUGUUCGUCACCAGAGGAACUUAAUCCACGACCACAUUCUACCAUCAUCGCGGCUCCGUCAGAGUUCGAGCCGACGCGUCAAGAGGCCACGUAUCAUUAGGGCUACUUAA